GAUGAUAUAUAUACACUUUAACAGAACUUCCACUAUGAGUUAUUAAUAUAUAGUAACUUGCACUUUUGAUUCUACAUCCACUCCAAGAGCUAUACUUGUUGCAACUUGUGUGUUAUAGUGCUUAUAGUAAAAUUUCUAAGGUUUUCAAAAUAGAGAAUAGAAGAAACUAGUCAUUUUUUGAGAAUGAAGCAUUCUCAUAUUUUACCAUUGUGUUUAUUUUUCCUUACUUUGUUUCUUUUAGUUCAUGCUAGACAUCACUCGCAUAGAAAACAUAAGCAUUCACAUUCUCAUAAAUCGAAUACAACUUUUCUUCCACAACCACCUCCUCCUCCUCCUCCUCGUGACGAUGACGAUGGCUACUACAAUAAUAGUGUCUCUGGAAUUUUCGAUGUAAGAUCGUUCGGUGCGGUUGGAGACGGAAUAGAAGACGAUACGGAAGCGUUUAAGACGGCAUGGGACACUGCAUGUCAAAAUGUGUCACAAGUAGGUAAUGUUAUUCUUGUUCCUCGAGGUUUCUCGUUCGUUGUUCAAUCUACUAUCUUCACCGGUCCUUGUCAAGGUUACUUAGUAUUCAAGGUGGAUGGAACUGUUAUGCCACCUGAUGGACCCGAUUCUUGGCCGAAGAACACCGGUAAGCGACAAUGGCUAGUUUUUUACAGAAUCAAUGGAAUGUCAUUAGAAGGAAGUGGUUUAAUAGAUGGAAGAGGACAAAAAUGGUGGGACCUUCCUUGUAAGCCUCAUAAGGGAUCAAAUGCAACAGCGUCAGGACCUUGCGACAGUCCAAUUGCUAUAAGAUUUUUUAUGAGUUCCAACUUGACUGUGCAAGGAAUUAAAGUGAAGAACAGUCCUCAGUUCAAUUUCAGAUUUGAUGGCUGCAGUAAUGUCCAUAUAGAUUCAAUUUACAUUACAGCUCCAAAACUAAGUCCUAACACUGAUGGAAUUCACUUAGAAAAUGUCAAUGAUGUGAAAAUAUAUAAUUCUGUGAUUUCUAAUGGUGAUGACUGUGUCUCCAUUGGAUCUGGAUCCUAUGAUGUUGAUAUAAAGAAUAUUACAUGUGGACCUAGUCAUGGAAUUAGCAUAGGUAGUUUAGGAAACCACAACUCUAAGGCAUGUGUAUCAAACAUAACAGUGAGAGACUCAAUCAUAAAAAUGUCAGACAAUGGAGUUAGAAUCAAGACAUGGCAAGGUGGAUCAGGAGCAGUAUCAGGAGUAACAUUCAACAAUAUUAACAUGAUUAGUGUAAGAAAUCCAAUCAUAAUUGACCAAUUCUAUUGCUUAACCAAAGAUUGCACCAACAAAACCUCAGCAGUAUUUGUUUCCAACAUUCUUUACACAAACAUCAAAGGAACAUAUGACAUAAAAAGUCCUCCUAUGCAUUUUGGUUGUAGUGAUUCUGUCCCUUGCACUAACAUCACACUCUCAGAGAUUGAGCUUCUUCCAUCACAAGGAGAUAUUGUGAAUGAUCCUUUUUGUUGGAAUGCUUAUGGAGAUUUGGAGACAUUGACUAUUCCACCUGUUUCUUGUUUGUUAGAGGGGAAUCCUCAAUCUUUGUUGGACUAUGAUGUAGGUCAUUGUUGAGAAAAUUGGUUUUUUAGUUUAAGGAAAAGUAUGUUCUUGUAUAUAUAUGAUUGAUUGGUUGUUAGGAGUGUUGAGGGAUUGAUAUUAAUAUGAGAUUUGAUUUUGAAUCUUAUGUUGUGAUUGAUGAGGAGGUAUGGUUUUUAAUGCUCCUCCUUGAAUGAAAACUAUG